GAAGCAUUCGAGGACGAGUAUUGCCACUACAUCGUUUUUGAAUUGGCAGCGCGUGGCGACCUGCUCGAAGCGUUGAAAAGCAAACCGGAUGGGUUCUCGGAACAGCAGUGUUUACGGACCGUUGUCUCUUUAGUACAGGUUUGUUCAUUACUUAGACAUUUUUACGGACCGUUGUCUGUUUAGUACAUCAUGUCGACUCAUGUAAGUCAAUCGAAUCGUGACAACGUGUCGGCUCUUUCUUUCCUGCUUGAGGAUAAGAUGGUUGAAGAUGGAUUAUCACUUUCUGAGUCUGGCGCUUCUUCUUUUGGUGCAUCAAAAUGGUCAGACUACUGCUAAUUUUUUACUAUAGACGACUCCUCCGUUCUUGUUUAGUACUUUCAUUUUCCUAUGCUGUUCUACUUACUCGUUUUUCAAUCCUGUACUAAACAGACAACGAUCCUGAUUCUUCGUCAAUUUUUACGGAUCGUUGUCUGUUUAGAAGUACAGGAAAAUUUUUCCGCACAGUCCGCCGAGCUGUAUAGAUGUAUUAAGUAGAUGCUUAGUGAAGAAAUUAGUUCACAAGAAUCUUCCUUCUAAUUCUUCGUUUUUACAUUCGACACGCUGCUCGCGCUUUGGCCGCCCUGCACGAGCGAAAGAUGGCUAUGCAGGACGUUUCGCUGGAAAAUAUGCUGAUUUUUGUCUACGAUAAAGAAAACGCUUCGAGUUAUGCAUCAAAGGAAGCCCCCACGGCGUCCACCGAGACCAACGAUGAAAAGAAGUCAGGUUCAGGUCCUGCCGAGUCAUCUAUUUCCUCACACGAAGAUGUGAUCCGGAUAAAGAUAUGUGAUCCAGGACAAGCGGUGACAUUUGAGAUUGACCCUGAAACGGGAGAGGAAAAGCCAGUGGCUUACCGUGGCCUUGUGGGGAAAAGUUUUCGGCCUCCAGAACUUAGUCAGAAUUAUGACUAAGGAUUCUUGAAGAGUUGUUGGAGUUGUUCUGUAGUUCUAGUUUUGUGGUAGGAGUCAAUUACUUAUGAGAUUAUUGCAUGGCACAUAAGUAAAUAUUCACUCAACAUCAACUAGGAAUAGAGCUCAUGAUUAAAAUGUUGGAGAUUCAAAUUGACACCCCCUUUAAUAUCUAGAGCCCUACAUUGCGAGUAAAGUGGACAGCUGGUGCCUGGGGUGGAGCACUUUCUAUCUUUUGUCUGCUUUGCCGCUGUUUUUGAGCGCGGAUAGCAAUCAGAAGGAUGCGGAAUACUGGAAUUUCUUUCGCAGAGGUGACCUGGAGGGCCUCUUUCGGCGGAAAAGCGAUAUUGACAGGAAGCUGUCGGUAUUUAGUAUGCAUUUGGUCUCGGUCGUUGCAUUUUGAUAGAUUCAAUGAAGCGGAAGGACUAGGAGCAGUAAGAAAUAUGAUUAGUAACUCCUCCGGCCUCCUUCAAUCUUCAAGUCACCGAUCGCAUUAGUUUGUCCUCGAAUUUUUAGAUAUACCUGAAAAAUGUCGCUCACGUUCACAGCCAACCUGCAUGGAUUUUAUCAUGCGGCUUAUGCGCAUUGUUCCGAAGCAGCGUAUGUCAAUAAAAGAGUCACUUGAGCACAAGUGGUUGGCGGAUGAAUCUGUGCCACGGUCUCUCUCAACCGCCGACCUAGAAACGGCAGAACGGAAAUCACUUCAGUACGACCGCAUACGAAAUCAAGACCAUCCAAUCGCAAUGGGAGUGUAUUUUCAUUUACCUCAAGAACUCUACUAGGGUUAGUAGUUUCUCUUCCAUGCAUUUGCUACACCAGUCCUACUGCUAAAAAUCUUAAUCGGUGACCGCCUAGUCGUGCUAGUCCCUUCACUCAACAGCCUGUUGGGAUUACUAGAAAAUUUUCUCAGCAGAGGCAUCCAUGAUUGAAAGAAUCUCCAAUCAGGUCAACUGGUCCAAGCUUCUUCAACAGUCGAGCGCGGUCGCCGCAGAUGAGAUUCCAGAGUCCACUGGGAGGAAGGGGCUUCACUAGUACCGUGCGUUCACGUUCGCCGCUCGUGACAAAUUUCGCGCCGCCAUUGAGGUAGAGACCGAUUUUGAUUGUUUCGGCUACGAAUUGAGAUGUUGAAAUCUCGAUGUUGUUUACCAGUUGUAUAGACACUUCUGUAAUAGGAGCACGAACAUAUCAUAUUCCUAUUUUGUAAUCCUCUAUUAGGUACUUAUACUCUUCCCAUAUUUAUCACGCUCACCAGGUCUAUCUCACCAGCACCUGCAGGAAUGAUUUCACCGAUGCAGUUGAGGCCUAUGAAAAAGGCGAUGCCCGAGCCCCAGUCCAUAGGAAAGACACAACUUAUACAUCCGGAGAAAGUGGUACUACGUAAUUAUAUAUACCGAUCAUAUUUUUCUUUUCCAGUAACUACGUAAGUUUUCUGUCUACAAGAAUCAGAAAUGCACAGUUUUUCAACCAGCCCCUCUUCCUCCUCCACGAGGCCGCCGCGCUAGCACAGAGCAGCAGCAAGGCAAGUGGCGUCAACGCGGAUGGAACUUUCAUUGCUGAGAAAGUAGAAGCUGUAUUAAAGCAGACCCAGGCGAGAUCCACUAGCGUGUCCAGGAUACAAGCCCCACCGCGCACACAAUCCUUCUUCGGAAGUUUUGGUCGGCCUGUGCGUACAUCCACAGCAGGUGGAAGUGCUACUUCGAGUAGUGGUACAUCGGGUGGAAGUGCGUCUGCUGCGGCAGGUGGAAGUGCUACCACUUCGAGUAGCCAAGUAGCAUCCGCAUCUUCUUUUUCAUCAUCUGUACUUGUAGGGUCAGGGGGUCCAACUCUCGCUUCUUCCGUAGCCGUUGGCGCAUCACCCGCCACGAGUGCAGUGGUGUCUGGAUCUGUUUCUCAGGGUUCCGGAUUCCGAAGUGUGCCUUUUCUUGGCAGCUCAGCAAGCCAGCAGGGUCUCUCCACUCUCGUACAGUUAAGGGUAGGUUAAAGGUGCUUUUGUUACCGUUUGUUGUGGCUCUCCUAAGGGGGAUAGCCAUAGCGAUAACAAGCGGGAUAAACGAACACCAAAAGCCUACCUCUAAUACAGAACCGUAGUAAGAGUAACAUGUUCGCCACCUCCUUGGGUGCAGCAGGAGGAUUUGGCGGUGCUAGUUUAGGCACGUCCUCUGCAACUGCAUCCUCGUCGUUAGGGAUAGGACCAGGAGGAGUCCGAAAAAUGUGGCCGGCUCAGACUCCACCCGUAGGAGCUUCGAAUAUGGACGUAACACAGCUGAUGACGAAGGAUCAACUAGGAGUUGCACAUUACCAUAAUCAACAACUACCUCCAGCAUCCUCUUCUAGUUCAGCGACGAGUGUAGGCAAUAUUAGUGUAGCGGAAGAGCAAGUGCCAGCUUUUAUUGGGGAGGCGAGUACCGUUGUCAAGCCAGUUGUAGGAACAACGUCAGGUUCGACAUCAGUUUCGGUCAACAUACCACCAGCACCAGGGUCGUUACAUCAGCAGCAGGAGCAACAACCGAAUCCGCUAGUUGUAGGAGGUACUUCUAACUCUAAGGAACAGGCAAUUCCAAAUCCAAUAGGUGCUACAGUACCAGGACCAAGCUCCGGACCAGCACUUUCAGCAGCAGUAGUAGCGUCACCGGCCCCCACUGCAGUGUCUUCUGCCAGUUCUUCCUUAGGACUACACGGUAACCGGACACGUUCGGCAAUGAGUUUCCAUUUCGGCGCAGGACCUUCGCAACUUCAAGGUCAAGGGAGCAUGUUCUUAGGAGGUCAGAAUGCUACUUGUGUGGAUCUUCAGAGUGGAGGUAUAGCAGCUGGUGCAGCAGUAGCAGCUGAUUCGGGAACCCAUGGAGUCUCGACCUCCAGUGGUUCCUCUUCAUCAGGAAAAGAGCAAGCGGCUCUAGCCGCGCGAGCAGGGGGCAAUGCUAGUUGUACAUCAGGAUCAGUUCUUUCAGUGGGACGAGGAGGAACAACAGGACCACAACCACGAGCAUUGAGCAAGCCACCAGGUAGUACAACUACAACAACGUCUACAAGUGGAUUUGCAGGUCCUCCUGCACCAGCUUCUCGAGGUUUCGGUAUGCUCGGUUCUCCGACAAUAGGCGGGCCAGGAGGUUCCCCUUUCCUCGGAGUCCAACAGCUCCAUAACAUGCCACGAUCACCAUUGCUAGACGCCAGGCUAAGUGGCGCAGGCUUUCCAGGUCUCGGGGUGCUCUAUCAGCCACAUCCUAGUUCGCCUCCGCCUCCGAGUAAAAAGUCGAUUGCUAGUCGACGGUCGGUGUCCACAGGUCCGGCAGCCAAUGCACACAACCGAGGAUCGAUGGCGCCGCGUCAAGGCUUCGCGUUUCAACGCGGUAGUCCAAUUGUUCCGGUUUUUGGUCCACCAGGUGGGGGAGCAACAAGCAGUCUACUACCAGGAAGUAGCCUACCUACGCCGCCUGCGCCGGCGUUGGUAA